AAUAAAAAAGUCUUUAUCCUCCUCCACCAUCCAUAUCCCAAUUCCCAAGUUCCAACCAAAAAGCGCCAGAAAUCCAUUUCUCCAACUCUCUCUCUCUCUCUCUCUCUAUACAAAUUUCAACGUCCAAAUUCCCAAAACAACAAGAGAAACAAUGAGAGAAAUCCUACACAUCCAGGGCGGUCAGUGUGGCAACCAGAUCGGAGCCAAGUUCUGGGAGGUGAUCUGCGACGAGCACGGCAUUGACCACACCGGAAAAUACAACGGCGACUCCGAGCUCCAGCUCGAGCGAAUCAAUGUCUAUUACAACGAGGCCAGCGGCGGUCGCUUCGUCCCGCGUGCGGUCCUCAUGGAUCUCGAGCCGGGCACCAUGGACUCCGUCCGAUCCGGCCCCUUCGGCCAGAUCUUCCGCCCCGAUAACUUCGUUUUCGGCCAAUCGGGUGCCGGAAACAACUGGGCUAAGGGCCAUUACACCGAAGGCGCCGAGCUUAUUGAUUCUGUUCUCGAUGUUGUGAGAAAAGAAGCUGAGAAUUGCGAUUGCUUGCAGGGAUUUCAAGUUUGUCAUUCUUUGGGUGGAGGAACAGGCUCUGGCAUGGGAACACUUCUUAUUUCAAAGAUUCGGGAGGAGUACCCAGAUCGCAUGAUGCUGACAUUUUCCGUUUUUCCUUCACCAAAGGUGUCCGACACGGUUGUCGAACCUUACAAUGCCACCCUUUCUGUGCAUCAGCUUGUUGAGAAUGCUGAUGAAUGCAUGGUCCUCGACAAUGAGGCCCUUUACGACAUCUGCUUCCGUACUCUGAAGCUUGCCACCCCUACUUUUGGUGAUCUCAAUCACCUCAUAUCUGCUACCAUGAGUGGUGUCACAUGCUGUCUUCGGUUCCCAGGACAGCUUAACUCUGACCUUCGGAAACUUGCAGUCAAUCUCAUCCCAUUCCCGCGUCUCCAUUUCUUUAUGGUUGGGUUUGCACCCUUAACAUCUAGAGGAUCACAGCAGUACCGUGCCCUUACAGUGCCUGAAUUGACCCAGCAAAUGUGGGAUGCCAAAAACAUGAUGUGUGCCGCUGAUCCACGCCAUGGUCGUUACUUAACUGCUUCUGCCAUGUUCCGCGGUAAGAUGAGUACCAAAGAAGUUGAUGAACAGAUGAUCAAUGUCCAGAACAAAAACUCAUCCUACUUUGUUGAGUGGAUACCCAACAAUGUUAAGUCUAGUGUGUGUGACAUCCCACCCAAGGGUCUGAAGAUGGCAUCCACAUUCAUUGGGAAUUCAACUUCAAUCCAGGAGAUGUUCCGGAGGGUUAGUGAGCAGUUUACCGCUAUGUUCAGGCGCAAGGCUUUCUUGCAUUGGUACACCGGUGAAGGAAUGGACGAGAUGGAGUUCACUGAGGCUGAGAGUAACAUGAACGAUCUGGUGGCUGAGUAUCAGCAAUACCAGGAUGCUACUGCUGAUGAAGAGGAGGAGUAUGAGGAGGAAGAAGAGGAGGUUGCUGCUUGAUCUAUUCUUGUAAUAUUUCGGUUUGCCAGAAAUUAUUAUGUUGUUGGCUUACUUUAAGUGAGUGAUUAUGAUGUUUGUCAGCGAGCAGUCAAGUUAGAUUGACAUGUUGAUCUGUAUGGUUUGUGGGCCUUGUAUAAGAGGUGGGUUUUGGUGACAAAGCUUUUUGUCUUUAAUUUGAAAAAUUUAUGGAGGGUUUGUAUUGAUUAGGUAGUUGUAUGACAUGAUGCCAGUAUAUUGAUGGUGUCUUUGUUAUAAAUAUAUAGUUCUUGACUAUUUUGUGGAUUAAA